CGAUACUCCCGUUCCCAUGGGAGUCCCUGACCGAGCCAGACAAACUCUUCCUCCUGGACUAGAAAUCCAGAAGUCCAGUAUUCCUGAUGCAGGCCUGGGAGUGUUUAAUAAGGGGGAGACUGUUCCAGUAGGUGCACACUUCGGCCCCUGCCAGUUAGAGCUGGUGAACAGAGAGGAAGCCAGGAACAGUGGAGACUCCUCAGUUGUAUACAGGAGCAUGCAGUGUGAAGAAUACAUUGAUGCCAAAAGAGAGAUGCAUGUGAAUUGGAUGAGGUGA